UUGGCAUCGUCGUCACCUGGGCUUUCUUCUGUUUUCUCGCUCCAGCCCAGGCUUCUCCCUCCCUCUCUCCUUUCCUCCUUUCUCUCCCUUUUUUGUUUUCCAUUCUUUUCCCCGUCGCCACUGUUUCCAUCUCCGAUCGAUCGUCUAGAUGCUGUGCCAUUGCCCAGUGCGGCUGGUUUUUCCCAUCCCCCUGUUGCAACUGAUGUGGGCUCAACCCUGCGAUCGUUCCACCUUUUCAAUUCAUCUGGUGCGAGAAACUUAAGUGGACAGUUAGUGGGGGGCGUAGUUGGCACAACAAGCUGCAUUUCUCCUUCCUUUCCAGCCCGGUAGAGGUGAUCGUUUCACGGAUGCACAGAGCACUUUCGACAUGAAGUAGCGUCGGGUGACGCAUUUGGGGUCGUACUUGCAUUGCAUUGCUUUGUCUUAACGUUGGCAGAGACAGUGAGGCAUUAUGGGUGCCGCAAGCGAGGUGCAGCUUCUUCAGGCGCGUGCGCAGUUCAUGCGCGACAGCCUGGGCAAGAGCCAAAGCAUGACAGAAUCCAUGAUCUCCAUUCUCGGUUCCUUCGACCAUAGACUCUCCUCUUUGGAGACCGCAAUGCGCCCUACUCAAGUACGAACACAUGCAUUCAGAAAAGCACACGAAAAUAUUGACAGCACUCUCAAGGCAGCUGAAUCUGUGUUGACGCAAUUUGACGUCUCCCGCCAGGUAGAAGACACGGUAUUGAGCGGUCCCCUGAACGACUUAACUGGAUUUUUAGCAGCUGUGGACCAGCUUCAGAAAAAUGUAGAGUUUUUUACGCAGAACCGCGGUCUCAAGGCUAGCGAUGGUGCGCUGAAUCAUGCACGAAAUCUACUCAACAAGGGUAUGAAUCGCCUAGCUGACGAGUUUAAAACCCUUCUGAUCCAGAAUAGCAAACCUGCUGAUUCGGCGCAACUACAGGAGAUGAUACCUAAUUCCGGGAAGCUCACUGGGAACCCAGCAGUGGAAGGAAGACCUGAUGGUUCUAUUGGGAAUGUCAAAGUUCUACAACUCCCUGUUCUAAUUGCACCAAAAACUGUUCCACAACUUCGUGAUAUGGCUCAGAGGCUAGUUGCUGCCGGGUAUCAUGCGCAGUGUAUAAAAAUAUAUAGAGAUGUGAGGGCUUCAACAUUGGAACAGAGUUUGAAGAAACUUGGGGUUGAGAAGUUAAGCAAGGAGGAUGUGCAGAAGAUGCAAUGGGAGGCCCUGGAAGCCAAGAUCGGCAGCUGGAUUCAGUACAUGCGAAUAGCUGUAAAACUAUUAUUUUCUGCAGAACGAAAGCUAUGUGAUCAAAUAUGGUACCACCUCGAUCCGCACCGAGAGAAGUGCUUUGCAGAUGUGACUGACUCCAGUGUGCAUAUUCUCCUGAGCUUUGGAGAAGCGAUAGCAAGGAGUAAAAAGUCACCAGAGAAGCUCUUUGUUCUGCUUGAUAUGUAUGAAACCAUGCAUGAGCUAUUUCCUGAGAUAGAGAAUUUGUUUUCUUCAGCAUCUGCAAUUGGUCUUAGACAAGCUGCUCAGGAUUUAAUACAACGUCUGGCUCAGACGGCCAAAGAAACUUUUGGUGAUUUUGAAGAUGCUGUGUCAACAGAUGCGACAAAGACGCCUGUUUUGGAUGGAACAGUCCAUCCCCUCACAAGCUAUGUCAUUAAUUAUGUCAAAUUUCUUUUUGAUUAUCAAAAAACCUUAAAUCAUUUGUUGGGAGGUGGGCAACCUCAACUUCAAGCCACCCCUUCACCAUUGGCAGCUGCCACAGUGCGCCUUAUGUCUGUGCUACAAGUUAAUUUGGAUGGGAAGUCAAAAUUAUACCGGGAUCCUGCACUUACGCAGCUGUUCCUCAUGAAUAAUAUUCACUACAUGGUCCGAUCUGUCAGAAAAUCAGAGGCAAAAGACCUACUGGGCGAUGACUGGGUUCAAAGACAACGACGUAUUGUCCAGCAACAUGCAAACACAUAUCAGCGUGCUGCCUGGGGCAAGGCUCUGUCAUAUUUGAGUGGGUCUGGGUCUUCCAGUGGACAUCUUAGUGGUGGGUCUUCUGAUGGCAGUAGUAUUUCGAAGUCUGCUAUCAAAGAGAGAUUCAAGAAUUUCAGCCUGCUUCUGGAGGAAUUAUACAAUCGGCAAACACAGUGGACCAUACCAGACAGUGAGCUGAGGGAAGCCGUCAGGCUGGCAGUUGCCGAGGUCUUGUUACCAGCUUAUCGGUCGUUUCUAAAGCGCUACAGCUCAAUCAUCGAAAGUGAUAGACACAAGGGGAAAUACAUUAGGUACACUCCCGAGGACUUGGAGCGGAUGCUGGGUGAGUUCUUUGAGGGCAAGACGCGUGUUGAACAGAGGCGGUGAAUCGAAUGUUGAGGCUUUGCCGUGUUCGCGAUUUGUGUUAUUUCAAGGUUGUGGCUAGAUUGGGAUGGAUCUUGCAGCUCAUGUUUUAUGUGAUCUUUCCUAACGAUGGGCCACAAAAGAGUCUAUCGAGAUUUUCUAGGACUUCCAAGCAAAGUAUGAUCCUCAAUUGAGAUCCUUAUUGAAACAGAAGUAUAUCAUACGAGGACCAAGACCACCAUAAUGUUUGGUCACCAAUGGUUCGAAAUUGGUGGAGCUGACAGCUAUGCACUUUUGACUUUGUUGCUCUGCCAUAUAGAGAUUGAAUAGUCCUUGAUGGUCAAUAUCUCGUUACUGAAGCUGCAGUUCAUGCGACUGCCCGAAGCUUUUCUGCAUUCAUUGUAGCCUGAUUGUGUAGAGCAUCAAAUCCGGUUUUGAUUUUGUGCAGGGCUCUUUGCUGGCUCUUUCAUAGCAGCAAUUUGUGUUAUGAAAUACUCGCUGAUUACAUGCC